GCCACCACUCUCAUUUACAAAUCAACCUUUUCAUUUAACCAUUUGUUUCAAGUUGAUGGAGCCAUCAAAAAAACAUUUUCAACCGUCCAGCUCUCUUUUGCUUGUGAUUCUUCUCUCAUUCUUCAACCUGCAGGGUUUUAACUUGCUUAGUUUAGCAACAGCAAGCCCUGUAGUUAGAGGAAAUGACACUGAUCAACAAGCUUUACUCCAGUUCAAAGCCAAGAUAACUGGUGAUCCACUCAAGAUUAUGGAGUCCUGGAAUAGCUCCAUUCACUUCUGUCAAUGGAUCGGUGUUACAUGCGGUCGCAAGCAUCCAAGAGUCACCAAGCUGAAACUUCGAAUCCUCAAACUCUCUGGAUCAUUGUCACCCUAUAUUGGAAAUUUGAGCUUCCUCAGGGAGUUGGAUCUUGUGGGCAACAGCUUCUACAACCAAAUUCCUCAAGAGAUCGGUGGCUUAAGAAGACUAGAAGCAUUAAACCUGGCCAAUAACUCCAUCAUUGGUGGAAUUCCUUCCAAUUUAUCUGCUUGUUCUAAACUUAUAUCAGUUGAUAUGUCGGACAACCAGCUAACGGGACAAAUACCUGCUUUGCUGGGUCUCUUGUCGAACCUAAAAGUAUUGGGUUUUUUCAACAAUAGUUUGAGAGGGAAUAUCCCACCUUCACUGGGGAACUUAUCAUCGCUGGAGAGACUUGGUUUAACGUUUAAUGCAUUUAGUGGGAUUAUACCUGAAUCUUUUGGACGACUGAGAAACCUUUCAUUUUUCACCAUAUUCGGAAAUGCGAUUUCUGGUAUUGUUCCUGUCCCAAUGUUCAAUCUCUCCAAUAUUAGAAUUUUUGAUAUUGGUGCAAACAAGAUUGAAGGUACUCUUCAUUCUGAUUUAGAAAUCAAUAUGCCUCAUGUUGAGUUCUUUUCUGUAGGGGACAACCCAAUCUCUGGGCAAAUUCCACUUUCAAUAUCCAAUGCCUCGAAUUUGGAUGUUCUUGAAUUUUAUGAUAACAUGCUUGAUGGAAAUGUACCUUCAUUAGAAAAGUUGGAUAAAUUGUUUAGGCUUGAACUAGGAGGAAACCAUUUGGGACAUGGGAGAGAAGGUGACUUGAACUUUCUUUGCACUUUAGUCAACAAUACAAAACUAGGAUUUCUAUCUAUAACCGAAAAUAAUUUUGGAGGGGAAUUUCCAAAAUGCAUUACCAAUUUUUCUAGCACAUUUCAGGGUUUAUCGAUGAGUGAGAACAACAUUUUGGGAAAAAUCCCGGAUGAGAUUGGAAAUCUCAUCAAUUUGGAGGUGCUAGACUUAGCACAAAAUCACUUAUCAGGUCCCAUUCCCUUUGAUAUUGGGAAGCUUCAAAAGCUAAAAAUAUUUUACGCUCACAGUAAUUUUCUCUUUGGGACCAUUCCCCACUCCAUUGGAAAUUUAAUAGAGUUAACCGAACUCGUUUUACAUUUUAACAAUCUUCAGGGCAGCAUUCCUUCAGGUCUAGGUAAUUGCAAAAAAUUGCUUUUAAUGGAUCUUUCUAGUAACAAUCUUAGUGGACCAAUACCCCCUGAAGUACUUGGACUUCCAUCCUUGUCCAUUGUACUAAAUUUAUCGUCAAACUAUUUGACUGGUGAACUUUCUGUUGAAGUAGAAAAACUGAAAAAUCUAGGUACAUUGGAUGUUUCUCAAAAUAGGUUAUCUGGUUUGCUUCCAAACAACCUUGGUAGUUGUGCAAGUCUGGUGGAGCUGUAUUUGCAAGGCAAUUUGUUUGAAGGACCCAUUCCAUCAUAUUUGAGUUCAUUGAGAGGUCUUGAGGCAUUGGACUUAUCUGACAAUAAUCUUUCCGGUGGGAUUCCAGAAUUUCUUGUGCGAUUUGGGGCAUUAAAGUAUCUAAAUCUCUCUUUCAAUGAUUUUGAGGGAGUAAUACCAAGUGAAGGAGUGUUCAAGAAUACAAGUGCUACAUUUGUUGAGGGAAAUAGUAAGCUUUGCGGAGGCAUCCCUGAGUUACACUUGUCAAGAUGCAACUCCAAAACACCAGCGAACACUUCCCUUAAAUUGAAGAUCACAAUAAUUGUUGUGAUUUCAGGAGUGACUUUAGUAUUCUGUAUUUUCCUCAUCAUCUGGUAUAGAAAGAAAAAAGAGCAGAAGCCAACGACAACUCUUGUAGAAAAUUCUCUCUUACAGUUAUCAUACCAAAGCAUCCUAAGGGCGACUAACGGAUUCUCCCCUCAGAAUUUGAUUGGUUCGGGAAGCUUCGGAUAUGUAUACAAAGGAAUUCUUAAAGCUAAUGGAGCAGUUAUUGCAGUAAAGGUGCUCAAUCUUCUGAAUCAUAGAGCUUCCAGGAGUUUCUUGGUUGAAUGCGAGGCUUUGAAGAACAUUCGACAUCGUAAUCUUGUCAAGGUAUUAACAGCAAUUUCAGGUAUUGAUUAUAAUGGCAAUGAUUUUAAAGCCUUGGUUUAUGAGUUCAUGGAAAAUGGAAGCUUGGAAGAUUGGCUGCAUCCAUCUGUUGGCAUGAAUAAACCGGAGACGAUGAAAAACCUAAACUUCUUUCAAAGACUUAAUGUGGCCAUAGAUGUUGCUCAUGCACUCGAAUAUCUGCACCAUCGUUGUGAGACGCCGAUCAUUCAUUGUGACCUUAAGCCAAGCAAUGUUUUACUCGAUGGGGAAAUGGUUGGUCAUAUAAGUGACUUCGGCUUAGCAAAAAUCCUUUCUGGAGAUAAGCUUAACUAUUCUACUAAUGAAUCAAGCUCCCUUGGAUUAAGAGGAACUAUCGGCUAUGCUCCACCUGAAUAUGGCAUGGGAAGCGAGUUGUCAACAAAUGGCGAUGCGUAUAGCUACGGCAUCCUCUUGUUAGAGAUGUUAACAGGGAAAAGGCCAACGAGUGAAAGGUUCAAAGAAGGUUUAAGCCUUCGCAACUUUGUUAAAGCAGCUUUUCCAAAUCGAGUGGUUGAGAUUAUAGAUCCCAUUCUUCUUCAAGAAAGUGUCAGAGGAGGAUCGGCCGCUGACAUACAUCUUCAGUGCUUGAAUUCAAUAUUUGAAAUAGGACUCACUUGUUCGACCGAAUCACCAAGGGAGAGGAUGGACAUGAGUAAUGUUGUUACGAAGCUUUGUUCGAUUAGAGACAAGCUUCUUCGUCCAACUCGGUUACGUCGUGGUAUUUGAACUUUGUAUGCUACUCAAUCAACAGUUGCAGGUAUCUAAGGUGUGGUAUGGAAACUUCAAAGAGGCUUAAGUUCGAUAAAGUGCUUGAUGUUCUCCAAGAAAAUAGAAUAAAUAUGGAGUUUUUUUUUUCCUGUUUUCUACCAAUAAUUUUCAGUGUAAUUUGUAUAAUUCUUGGUUUUUGUCUUUGCAUCUUAACUCAUAAGCUAGUAGAUUGUGAUGAAGUCAGACUUUAAAUAACAAUGUUGGAUUUUGACUUUGCAUCCUAUUGUAUCAGUCAUGGUAUUGAACAUGUUAGUCAA